GGGCCCUCAGUGAGCGCCGCCACACCCCGUAGGGCCGCGGCACCCGGUAACGUACGGUUUGUGGGGUUGUUUUUUUUGUUUUUCCCUAGUUCUCCUUCAACAUGUUCGAUCACCCCAUCCCGCGGGUGUUCCAGAACCGCUUCUCCACCCAGUACCGCUGCUUCUCCGUGUCCAUGCUGGCCGGGCCGAAUGACAGGUCAGAUGUGGAGAAAGGCGGGAAGAUAAUUAUGCCACCAUCAGCUUUGGAUCAACUCAGCCGACUUAAUAUUACUUACCCGAUGCUGUUCAAGCUGACCAAUAAGAACUCGGACCGCAUGACGCACUGUGGGGUGCUGGAGUUCGUGGCUGACGAGGGCAUUUGUUACCUGCCUCACUGGAUGAUGCAGAACCUGCUGCUGGAAGAGGGAGGCCUGGUGCAAGUGGAAAGUGUGAAUCUUCAGGUUGCUACUUACUCAAAAUUCCAGCCACAGAGUCCAGAUUUUCUUGACAUCACCAAUCCCAAAGCCGUAUUAGAAAACGCACUGAGAAACUUCGCUUGUCUGACUACAGGGGACGUUAUUGCCAUCAACUACAAUGAAAAGAUCUAUGAGCUUCGGGUGAUGGAGACCAAACCGGAUAAGGCCGUGUCCAUCAUCGAGUGCGAUAUGAACGUGGAUUUUGACGCUCCUUUGGGGUACAAAGAGCCAGAAAGAAGUGCACAGCACGAGGAGACCACAGACGUUGAAGCAGACCAUAGCGGGUACGUCAGCGACAUCGGAUUUCGUGCGUUCUCUGGUUCUGGGAACAGGCUGGAUGGCAAGAAGAAAGGGGUUGAGCCCAGCCCAUCGCCCAUUAAACCCGGAGACAUUCGAAGGGGAAUUCCCAACUAUGACUUCAAGAUUGGUAGAAUCACAUUCAUUAGAAACUCGCGUCCACUCGUUAAGAAAGUUGAAGAGGAUGACUCCGGGAGCCGGUUCAUCGCCUUUUCGGGAGAAGGCCAGUCCCUGCGCAAGAAGGGAAGGAAACCCUGAGUCCAGGAGCCUGGAGUCGGUCGGGAGGAAAAUAAAAGAUCCCUUGCAGCGUGUUGGGCCGGAGUGAUUGCGGCGGGGCUGGGGUCUGCAGCACAGGGAGCUGUCGCUGGGGGGUCUCACCUUUAAAAGCAGAGCUGCUCAAAUUCCAACUGGACUGUCAGAAUUUUCGGUUGGGAGUUCUGGGAAUUCCAGAGGGGUGUUUUGUGUGAGUUGUAAAGAGGGAAAGUGUGCCUGGGAUAAACCAGAGGAGUAACCCAGUGCGAUCCUGUACCAAAAGACCCCAAUUUCUCCGGCUGUGUCCUCCCCUCCUGCUAUUUUCCUCCUUCUGUAUAUUUUUGCCCCAAUUCCAGGUGAGCUUUUUUUUUGGGCUUGUGACACAAAGGCACAGGCUCACGGUGUGGCCUUUGGGGCUGUUGUGCGGGGGAGUCUCUGAUCUGGGAUCCGGGUGUUGGUUAUAAAUCCGUGUGAGGGUCCCCUGUAGCCGCUUCUUGUAUUUACAAUUAAAAUUAUGCCUUUUAAUUAAUAAAUAGGGUGAUAGAGCA